AUGGCGCACUGGCAAAACGGUGCAGUUUCGCCAACAACACUAGAUGAAAGCAAAGAGGAACGGAAGACGCGUCUGGCGCGCGCGACGGAGUUCGUUCUUGCUACCAAGACAGCGUAUGAGAGCCAACAGCUCGAUACCUCCACCGGCAACGACCGGGUACUCUGGAUGACCGCGACGCGCUGGGUUCGCUCAUCGGGCGUUUGUUCAGGGGACAAGACUCUGCUCUGCGCGCACGCGAAUGGGCUGCAUGGGACCACCUAUGCGCCCUUACUCCGACGACUACUCGCACAGCGUCAAGACAUUGCCGAAGUGUGGGCUCUUGAUAGCGUGCAGCACGGCGAUGCAGCGCUCCUGAACGACGGAAGAUUCGGUGUACUCUACGACUGGCAUGAGAUGGCCCGAGAUGCGCUCUGCUUCUUGCAGCACUUUCUACCUCCUACACUCGGCUCAGCGCCUCUGCCCGUACAUCUACCGCAGAUCUCGCACAGCAAAUCAGCCCCACAACGCAAAGUUGAUGCGCUCGGACACUCCUUUGGCGGAAGCGCUCUCAUUCUCGCCGCUGCUCACAACCCCUCCCUCUUCUCCUCUCUCAUGCUCGCAGACCCCGUCAUCCUACCGCCUACCGCAAUGCGGACGCUAGAUCAAAUGUCAGCCCAUGUAGCCGGUGCACUUAGCCGACGCUCUCGGUGGCCUUCCCGUCAAGCGGCGUACAACUCACUCGCUGCGAACCCCUUCUUCGGUAUCUGGGAUAAGGAGGUGCUGGACGUGUACGUAAAAUACGCGUUGGCGGAGGAUGGAAGUGGCGAAGUGCGCCUGAAGUGCGAUGGGAUCAGCGAGGGCGCUGUUUUUGCGGAGAUGCGGUCGUCCAAGGAUGCGUGGGCUGCGUUGCCUACACUCGAUCGGCGCGUACCGGUGCUGUGGAUCAGCCCUCCUGCAGGGAAGAAGCAAUUCGUUUUGCAAUCGCAAGAACUCGCAGAUGCGCGCAUACGCCUACGACCUGCCAGCAGCGCACACGUCACGAUCCCAGACGGAACACAUCUACUUGUGCAGACACACCCGCGUCGAGUCGCGGAUGCUGCUCAUACCUUCCUGCAAGCCAUCGAGGCGGGAGAUGUCGGCGAUCUCCGUGAGCUGCAGUUACAUGAUCCAGACGAAACGGCGCCUGCGCAGUCGCCCUCGCGCGCUCGACUCUGA